CCAGGGCCUCCCCAGCUCACUGCCUUUCCCUUCCGGCCACUCAGAGGAUUCAACAGCAAGGACCAUCUCUCUCCACCUUCCUCCUCUUCCGGGAAGCAGACUCUGCCAAGUGCCUUUUGUAAAGCACGUAAGGGUUCCAUCUCAGCCAAUAUGAAUCCCAAGGAAGAAAAAGUGAAAAUCAUUGCAGAGGAGUUCACUGAAAAUGAAGAGGAUGCACCUGUGGGAAGGAGGAAGAAGAAGGUCCAACGGCAACAAAGAAAGAAACAGCCCCUGACUGCCGGCCCAGAGGAGAUGGUGUCCGAAAACCCCCACCUCAGCCCCCAGCAGGAGCCGGGGCAGGAAGAGCCCAAGACUCGCCUCCUGAGUGCCACCGCCCGGCGGGGCCCACGCAGCUUACCUCCAAUUCCUUCGGCUUCCAGAACAGGCUUUGCAGAAUUUUCCAUGAGGGAACGUAUGAGAGAGAAAUUACAAGCCGCGAGGUCCAAAGCAGAGAGUGCAUUGCUGCAGGAAAUCCCCACCCCACGACCGCGGCGCCUGCGGAGUCCCAGCGAGAGAGAAUCGGAGACUGAAUUUGGCACAGAGCCAGGUAAAGAGGUACAAAGGACUCAGCAAGAAGAUGAUUCCCAAAAUUAUUCAAGAGUAAAGUUCCGUGAUUCAGCACGAAAAAUCAAGUCUAAACCUCAGGCCCCACCUGGCUUCCCUUCUCCAGAGGAAGCCUACAACUUCUUUACUUUCAACUUUGACCCAGAACCCGAAGAAGAAAGGAGAGAAGAGGAAAAAGCAGGAGCGAAAACCAGAGAUGGAGCUGAUCAAGAGGCAGGGGCACCUGGACAACAAGAUGAGGAAGAGCUGCCUGAUGGUAGGGAGGCCGAGGACCUCCUGCUGGGCUUAGAGCACCUGGCUGACGAUUUUGUGGCCAUCAGACCGGCGGAGUAUGAAAGCGUCCACCGCUGGCUGCAGAAGGAAAAAGACACCCUGUUCAUACCCAGUCGGCUGACAGUGCCGACCUAUAAAAAGCUUCCCGAGAACGUGCAGCCCAGAUUCCUGGAAGACGAAGGCCUCUACAUCGGGGCAAGACCGGAGGUAGCCCGCACCACUCGGAACAUCAUGGAGAACAGACUGCUGGUGCAGGAGCCGGGGAGAGGAUGGUUUGGAGAUGAUGGCAGGAUCCUGGCACUGCCAAGCCCCAUCAAGCCGUUUCCUUCAAGGCCACCAGUGUUACCCCGGGGGCAGAGCACAGCAGCAGAACUGGAAACGCUGUAUAAAAAGGCAGUGAAGUAUGUCCACCGCAGUCAGCACAUGAUUGGGUCUGGAGACCCUUCUGGAAAUUUCCAAGUGGACAUCGACAUUUCUGGGUUAAUCUUCACUCAUCACCCCUGUUUCAGCCGAGAGCACGUUUUGGCAGCCAAGCUGGCCCAGCUCUAUGACCAGUACCUCGCAAGACACCAGAGAAACAAGGCGAAAUUUCUUACCGAUAAGCUCCACGCUCUAAGAAACGCUGUUCAGACUGGACUCAAUCCUGAAAAACCUCAGCAGUCUCUUGAAACAACUCAGAAGACCAUCAAGGAGUAUAAAGCUGAAAUUUGGCAAACAAGACGACUUCGAGAUGCUGAACAGGAAAAAGAUCGAACAUUGCUCAAGACCAUCAUAAAAGUGUGGAAAGAGAUGAAAUCCCUUAGAGAAUUCCAGAGGUUUACAAAUACUCCCCUGAAGCUUGUUUUGAGAAAGGAAAAAGUGGACCAGAAAGCAGACGAAGAAGCAUUUGAAGCAGAAAUCCAAGCAGAAAUCGGCGAACUGCUGGAAGAGCACAGGGAAGAGUACGAACAGAACAUGGAAGAGUACAGAGCUGCGCACCAGCAAUGGAAAGCCUGGAAGAGAGCCCAGAGGGCCAGGAAGAAGAAAAAGAAACACGCAGCAGAGGAACCUCCUGAUGAAGAGACCGAGGAGGCCCCGCCCGAGGAAGACCCUGGAAAGCCCGUCCCUCCAGAGCCCCCCGAUAGGGCAGUGUUGGAGCAGCAAGUGAGGGAGCGAGCAGCCCAGAGCAGGAGGAGACCUGGGGAGCCCACGCUAGUCCCGGAGCUGAGCCUGGCGGGGAGCGUGACACCCAAUGACCAGUGCCCCAGGGUGGAGGUUCUGAGAAGAGAAGAUGUGAGGAGGCGCUCUGUGUACUUGAAGGUGCUCUUCAACAACAAGGAGGUGUCCAGAACGGUCAGUCGGCAGCUAGGAGCGGACUUCCGAGUUCACUUCGGACAGAUUUUCAAUUUGCAGAUAUUCAACUGGCCAGAGAGCUUAACACUUCAGGUCUAUGAAACCAUUGGACACAGUAGUGCCUCCUUGCUGGCGGAAGUGUUUCUGCCCAUUCCUGAAACUACUGUGGUUACUGGAAGGGCUCCUAUUGAAGAAGUGGAGUUCAGCAGUAACCAGCAUGUGACACUGGACCACGAGGGAGUUGGAAGUGGAGUGCCGUUCUCCUUUGAAGCUGAUGGCAGUAAUCAACUCAUUCUAAUGACCUCAGGGAAAGUGUCCCACAGUGUGGCAUGGGCCAUUGGAGAAAAUGGGAUUCCUUUAAUUCCUCCAUUGUCUCAGCAGAACAUUGGAUUUCGGAGUGCUUUGAAGAGAGCAGACGCCAUCUCGUCGAUUGGCACGUCGGGACUGACAGACAUGAAGAAGUUGGCCAAGUGGGCAACAGAGUCCAAGCUCGACCCAAAUGACCCUAACAAUGCCCCUCUGAUGCAGCUCAUCUCGGUUGCCACCAGUGGUGAGUCUUACGUCCCGGAUUUCUUUCGACUGGAACAGCUGCAACAGGAAUUUAACUUUGUGUCCGACGAGGAGUUGAAUAGAUCCAAACGAUUCCGGCUUCUUCAGCUGAGAAACCAAGAGGUGCCAGAAUUCCGAAAUUACAAGCAAAUUCCGGUGUAUGACAGAGAAAUUAUGGAAAAGGUAUUCCAGGACUAUGAGAAGCGGUUACGAGACAGAAACGUAAUAGAAACUAAGGACCACAUAGACACUCAUAGGGCCACAGUAGCCAAGUACCUCCAGCAGGUUAGAGAAUCAGUGAUAAAUCGUUUCCUGGUUGCAAAACAUCAUUUUCUCCUUACUGAUUUGAUAGUAGAAGAAGAGGUUCCAAAUAUCAGCAUUUUGGGCCUAAGCCUUUUCAAGCUGGCAGAACAAAAGCGACCACUGAGGCCGCAAAGAAAAGGCCGGAAGAAGGUGACAGCCCAAAACCUCUCAGAUGGAGACAUCAAGCUGCUGGUGAACAUUAUCCGGGCUUAUGACAUCCCAGUGAGGAAACCGACGCCAAGCAAAUUCCAGCAGCCAUCAAGGUCUUCAAGGACUUUCGUCGAAAAGCACGCUGCCUCCCCAAGCACACACAGCCCCACCCACAGUGCUGACUACCCCCUGGGCCAGGUUUUGGUACGCCCCUUUGUAGAAGUCUCUUUUCAGCGGACGAUUUGCCAUACAACUACAGCUGAAGGGCCAAACCCCAGCUGGAAUGAAGAACUUGAACUUCCGUUUAGGGCUCCUAACGGGGACUAUAGCACAGCCAGUUUGCAGUCUGUGAAGGACGAUGUGUUCAUUAACAUUUUUGAUGAAGUGCUGUAUGACGUGUUAGAGGAUGACCGAGAAAGAGGAAGUGGAAUCCACACCCGUAUUGAAAGACACUGGCUGGGAUGCGUGAAAAUCCCAUUUAGCACAAUAUAUUUCCAAGCAAGGAUCGAUGGAACAUUUAAAAUCGAUAUCCCCCCAGUUCUUCUGGGCUACAGUAAAGAGCGAAGCAUGAUGAUUGAGCGGGGUUUUGAUUCUGUUCGAAGCUUAAGUGAAGGCUCCUACAUCACCCUGUUCAUCACCAUGGAGCCCCAGCUGGUGCCUGGAGAGUCAGUUCGAGAAAAGUUUGACUCUCAGGAAGAUGAGAAAUUGCUUCAAGCAACAGAGAAGUUUCAAGCUGAAUGUGCCUUAAAGUUUCCAAAUCGCCAGUGCCUCACAACAGUAAUUGACAUAAGUGGAAAAACUGUUUUCAUCACUCGCUAUCUCAGGCCUUUAAAUCCUCCCGAGGAGCUCCUUACUGUCUAUCCCAACAAUCCACAGGCAACUGCGGAACUAGUAGCUCGAUAUGUGUCCUUGAUUCCUUUCCUGCCUGACACUGUUUCGUUUGCUGGUAUCUGUGACCUGUGGAGCACAUCUGAUCAAUUUCUUGAUCUCCUGGCAGGAGAUGAAGAAGAGCAUGCAGUGUUGCUCUGUAACUACUUCCUGUCCCUGGGUAAGAAGGCCUGGCUGGUGAUGGGCAGUGCCAUUCCUGAGGGUCCUACUGCCUAUGUGCUAACUUGGGAACAAAAUCAUUACUUAAUAUGGAAUCCCUGCAGUGGACAUUUUUAUGGACAAUUUGAUACCUUCUGUCCCUUGAAAAGUGUUGGCUGUUUAAUCGGUCCUGAUAAUGUUUGGUUUAAUAUUCAACAAUAUGAUUCUCCACUAAGGAUAAAUUUUGAUGUUACCAAGCCCAAGCUAUGGAAAUCUUUCUUUUCAAGAAGCCUUCCAUACCCUGGCCUUUCCAGUGUUCAGCCUGAAGAGCUAAUUUACCAAUGCACAGACAAAGCUGCAGCAGCUGAAUUACAAGACAGGAUUGAAAAAAUACUAAAAGAAAAAAUCAUGGACUGGAGGCCACGUCACCUGACUCGGUGGAACAGGUACUGUACCUCCACUCUGCGUCACUUCUUGCCUCUGUUGGAAAGAAGUCAAGGAGAGGAUGUGGAAGACGACCACAGAGCAGAACUGCUGAAACAGCUGGGUGACUAUAGGUUCUCGGGAUUUCCCCUUCACAUGGCCUAUUCAGAAGUGAAGCCCUUGAUUGAAGCUGUAUAUAGCACUGGUGUACAUAACAUUGAUGUUCCUAAUGUUGAAUUUGCUUUAGCUGUAUAUAUCCACCCGUAUCCCAAAAAUGUCUUGUCUGUUUGGAUUUAUGUUGCCUCCCUUAUACGAAGUAGGUAGUUUUUACAUGAUAUAAAAAGUAUAAUGAAAAUAUUAAGUGGGGUAUAAGAAUAUUUUUAAAUUAUAUUGAUAUCAA